AGAGGCUUCCGCGCCCCACAGGCCACAACGAACACCCAGCCACCCAGCUCGCUCGGCCGCCGCCCCGCUCCCCUCUCCACGCUGCAGGAGGGAAAGGGCGCACCACCAACUCCGGACUCCAAAACCUCAACCCCUGCCAGCGCCGCACCUCCCCCCAUGGCUUCCUCCUCCUCCCGGUCCCCCGCCGCCUCGCGCCGCGGCCGUGGCGCCGCGCGGCAGUCCCCGUUCUUCCGCGACCUCGCCUCCCCGAUCCCGACCCACCGCGCGGCCUCCCGCUUCGCUUCGUCCCCCGCCGGGUCCCCUUACGCCGCCGCCGCCACACCGCCGCCGCCGCCUCUCUUCACCCUCGACGACCGCUUCGCCGCGGCCGACUUCUCCCCCGACCCCACCGCCUCCGACCUCCUCCCCGUCCCCUCCUCUCCCUCCCCGCGCGCCGCCGCCAGCCGCUCGCCGUCAUGGGACCGGUCCCGCGGCAAGGCGACGUUUUCUGCGCCCGGAUCCCCCAUGGAUGGGGUCGUGGAGCCGGCCCGGAAGGAGGUUCUCGCGUUGCCGCCGCCUUCGAGUCCCGGCACCCCUCCUCCUGCCCCGGCUGCGGAGGCGCAGUCGCCUGUGACUCCGGCGCAAGCACCGGCUAGGACGGAGCCGGUGGCGAACGGAGGGGAGGUUGAACGGUUUGAACGGGAGGAGUGGGUCACUGUAUUCGGAUUCUCCACUGGUGAUACCAACCUUGUUCUUCGGGAGUUUGAGAAAUGCGGAGUAAUAUUGAGACAUCACUCUGGUCCAAGAGAUGGUAAUUGGAUCCACAUAUUAUAUCAGCGCACCUAUGAUGCUCGGAAGGCCCUUCAAAAGAAUGGUAUCCAAUUAAGCAGCGGUCUCAUAGUUGGAGUGAAGCCUAUUGAUCCGGUGCACCGGCAGCAGCUUGAUGAGAGGUUCACUGGAAGCAAUCAAGGUGGCUUCAUGGUUUCAUUGCCUUCAAAGUCACUUGCCUUGAAGAGCACAGGUGCAUCAAACCAGCUAGGAGCCUUGCCUCGCCCAUAUGACCCGAAGGCUAACACAAAUGUUAACCGAGAUGCAGGCCGUCCUGCAACCCGCAGCGUUGCUGCACCAGCAAAAUCAAUUGUAACCAAUGUGAUGGAUUUGAUAUUUGGCAUUUGAUAUGCCGACGAGGACCUGUGAUGCAUCGUGAGCCUUCUCUGUUUCUUAUGCUUAAUUAACCGAGAAGGCCAGCACACCAAAGAUUCGGAGUUAGAUUUUGCUGAAGUUUGAGAGAUUCCAGAGACUGAACUUCUUUCUUCUGGCGAUGUAACUUUCGUUGCACCUCAUAAAACGAAAAUUCCAAUUCCUUCAACUUGUUUGUGUAUUUCUUCUGUGGAUUUUAAAGUUUUAACUUGCUUGUGAAAGUACCCAGUACCCAGGUAGCUACUUCGUUAAGGCCUGCUUAGAAGAGGAUGUUUUGGUAGGAAUUUAGAAGAAGCUCUGCUGCUAUCUGAAAUUCAUGCGCUUGAGACAAUCAGACAGACAAUGUUGAAGCCGACCGAUGUUGGAUUUGGAUUCUUGUUUCGGAUCUAACGCAAGACACAGCUUGGGAAUCUUAA